GGAAACCUCGACCUGUCUCUCAGCUGGUUGCACAGCAGGUUCCUCAGCAAUUCAUGCCCCCUACGCAAUCAAAGAAAGAGAAAAAAGACAAAGUAGAAAAGGAAAAAAGUGAAAAGGAAACAACAAGCAAAAAGAACAGUCAUAAGAAAACCAGGCCAAGAUUGAAAAAUGUGGAUCGAAGUAGUGCUCAGCAUUUGGAAGUUACCGUUGGAGAUCUGACAGUCAUAAUUACAGACUUUAAGGAGAAAACUAAGUCACCACCUGCUUCCAGUGCUGCUUCUGCAGAUCAACACAGUCAGAGUGGUUCUAGCUCUGACAACACAGAGAGGGGAAUGUCCAGGUCAUCUUCACCCAGAGGAGAAGCGUCAUCACUGAAUGGGGAAUCUCAUUAAAGCUUAAUUCCUCCAGUUUCUUUAGUCUCUUCUCUUCAAAACAUGUGAAUACAUAACUUAUGUCACCUGUUACCACAUUUUUAUGACAGAUUAUCCAUGCACAAUUGGUAUGUUGACUGGAACAUAAUUUAUGCAGUUUAAAAAAAAUUUAAAAGUGCAGUGGUAGAAAUAAUAAUUUAAAUGCAAUCUAUAAAUGCUUACAAAGCAUUUUCAGACCAACUUUUUAAUCUUCAUGUGUAAAGGUGCCAUGAAAAUGUGGUUUGAAUGUUCCUUAUGCAGUGUUAUUGGUAAGUCCAUUUUCACUUUUAGUUUAGUGAAUUCUAACACAACUCUUGGGAGUCUCUACUAUUGGCAUGUACUGAAUUUAAUUUUUUAUAACAUAGUUCAAGCUGCCUAAAUAUGUAUUAUUUGAGAAUUGUGAAACAUAGUUAUAUGUAUGCAAGUCAGAGAUCAACUUAAUCAACUAUUGCUGCAACAGAAUUUUCAUAAUAAUUAUCUUCUUAAAAACACCUGCUGGUACUUGGUGUGGUUAAAUAGGAAAAAUGUUAUUAAAUAAAACAUUUGUAUGAAUUUUUGCCAAUGUUUGACACAUUUUACUAGAUUACUGUUACUGAAUUAUGUUGAUGGUUUUACCAAUAUUUUUUCACACUUAAAACACUUAUUGUAAUGUUUACAAGCAAAAUAGAAAACACAUUCUAAGCGUUGAUUGGUUAACCUUACAAUUCAGGUAAAAUACUACAUUUGUCACUGUACACUGGUACUCUAUGUUGUGUAACAAAUAUUUGAACCUCAGAUGACUAUGCAUUUGGCAAAACCUAACAUUUGGAAAUACGAAAGUUUGAAAAAGCUUUAAAAGUAACAGAAGUGCAGUUCUCAUUGCUGCUUAGUGCUGUUUCCUUGCCCUAGAUUUAUCUGGUGUCAGAUAGUCACUUAGCAUUCAUUACACUAAUAUCAGAUGUUGCGCAAGAAUAAGGAAUUAACAAUAGCAUUUCUUUUUUUGUUCCUGAAUAAAUUGAUUUUGAUUUGGCCUAAUAGAAAAUACGGUGUCAUAAAUCAUAUGAAAAAACACUGUCCCCUAUUUUAAGGCAUAAACUGCACUUAGCAAUAUGCUGAUACAGAGCAGAUUUACAAUCUCAUCUGGUAUUAUGUAAAAUUACCAAUAAAAUAUUUUUGUGAAUACAGAUUUUGCAUUUUUGUUUACAACCAAUAAGUGUUUUGAUACAUACGUACAAUCCAUGUAUAAAUUUUAAAUUAUAGAUUCAGGUUCAGUACAAAAGUCCAUUUAGCUCCUUUUAGUGACGUAGUGCGCUCACACUCCUGUUAUGCUUUUUCAUUAAAAAUAAAUAUAUUUUUAAGCCCAUGUAAAAGUUGGAUGUACCUUCCUGGUAGUGAAUCCAGCCCCAAAUUAUUACCAACGUAUGAUACGUCUUCUUAACAGCUAAAACAAUGGAUUUUUGUAGCCCCUGACAAUUGUGAUGUUUGGUGGUUUCUUGUAGUAAUGUAUUUUUCUGUUUCUAAUGCAGUACUUCUACAGGCACAAUGGUACUGUUCUAUUUUGUAAGAUGCUAGUUGUGAAAUACAGUUAGUUGCAUAAAAUGAAAGUCUGAUGUGAUAUCUGAGAACAUACAUACCUCAUUCCUUGGUGUUGCUGUUUAAACUUUUUAGACAUCAAAUGUUAAUUAUAGGCUAUUUCAGAUGGUUAACUACUGACCUGUUUAUUAUGUAUUCUACUUUAUCUUACUAAAUAGGAUGUCUGUUCAAUGCCGUUACCUGGCCAAAUCUUAGUAUCUGUAAAA